GUCAUGUCCGGAACAUCUCUAGAUGGGUUAGAUUUGUGCUACACUCAAUUUACUGGUGACGUUUCCACGGAUGUUUGGAGUUUCCGGAUUGAAAAAGCCAUAACUAUUCCAUACACAGAUACCUGGAAAGGAAGACUGAGCGGAUCAGUCAAUCUAAACGGAGCGGAUCUAAUCCAACUCCACGUUGAAUAUGGACAUUUUGUAGGACAAACAGUUCGUGAUUUCAUUAAAGAAGGGAAUCUAAAACCCGAUUUUGUGGCGUCUCACGGACACACGGUCUUCCAUCAAGUGGAUAAAGGAUUCACGUUUCAACUUGGAGAAGGGGAAACAACUUCGAUAUAUUUAACAUGUCCGUUCAUCACAAACUUUCGUUCCAAAGAUCUUGCUUUAGGAGGUCAAGGAGCUCCAUUGGUGCCAAGUGGUGAACGUUUUCUCUUCUCACAAACAGAUAUCUGUUUAAAUCUUGGUGGAAUUGCUAAUAUUGGUCUGAAGAAUGGAAAAGGUUAUGAUAUAUGUCCCUGUAACAUAGUAUUCAACAGAUUGGCAGGGCUACAUACCGCUUUUAUGGAUUACGAUGAAGAUGGAAAAUUGGCUUCGAGGGGGAAAAUUAAACCGGAUCUCCUGGACCAACUGAAUGAUCUUGAUUAUUAUAAGUUAAAGUGUCCAAAAUCUUUGGGAAUAGAGUGGAUAUCGGCGAAGGUGUUUCCUUUGCUAGACGCAAAGCAAUAUACGUACGAAGAUAUGAUGAGGACCCUCGCAGAACAUGUUGCCCAAAAGAUAGCACAAGCCUGUGUUGACAGUAAACCAUCGACCAAAGAUGACGAGGUUUCGGUGAUGAUCACUGGUGGUGGCGCAUUUAAUAAAUUUCUGAUCAAAAUCCUAUCAGAAAAACUUGAAGAGCAUAAGAUAUCCAUUAAAGAAACGGACGAAGAGACGAUAAACUUUAAAGAAGCCUUGGUCUUCGCCUUUCUGGGUUUAAGGUCGUUGCUGGGUCGUGAAAACGUCUGUUCGGAUGUUACCGGAAGUACCACUGAUACAGUUUCAGGAAGUAUCCAU